UACCAUUUCAACCAUUAAUGCUAGCUAGUGUGAUCUUUUCAGCGUCAAAUGAUUUCUUUAUUGCUAUUCGUAAAUUGAUUAAGGUCGCUGAUUAAAGUCGCUGAAAAGGCAGAAAUCUGUCUGAACAGGGUACAUUUUACAAGUACGUCGAGGACGGAAAGUAAACAAUUUCACUCCCACAAAGUCCAUUUCAGCUGGAUAAAGAACAUUGCGAUGGAGUCGUCUGUAUGCCGUGUUUGCCAGGUCAACAAACCUGAGAAAGGUUUCCGAUUUCCAGAACCCAUUUGCGCGUCCUGCCUGCAGGAUAAAUUAAAUGCAUUUCUCGAUGAAGAUAUGUUUCUAGAAUCGGACAGCGAAAGUGAGAAUUCAAACCUUGAGGAAGGAUCUCUUGUAGGUGAAAAUUUGGAGGAGAAACCACAAAGUGAACAGAAAAAAGUGAAAAACGGGCCACUUAAGGAGGAAGACAUAAAGGAAGAGCAUUACCCUAUUUCAAACUCCAACAUUAAUCAAGAAAAUGAUGAUUAUAUCAUUGAUAUAGAUCUGGAAAACACAGAAGACCAACCUUACACGUGCCCACAAUGCCAUAAGUCCUUUGUCCAGAGCAUAAGUCUUCAGGCACAUCUGCAAACCCACGCAAAAAAAAGAGAGUGCUUCCAAUGCUCAAAGACUUUCACAACUGAUGUUAAACUUAAGUCGCAUUUCUUACACGUGCACUCAGACGAACGCCCAUUUAAGUGUACCGUCUGCCCAAAAGACUAUAGACUGCGAAGCAAACUCCACAGGCAUUUGAGGGUACACACAGGAGUUCGACCAUUCAAGUGCACCCACUGCUCGAGGACCUUUACACAGGGUCAAUAUCUAAAGGCACAUAUACGAACUCAUACCGGCGAACGACCCUACAAGUGUCCCCUAUGUACCUCUUGUUUUGCACAAGCAUCAUCUCUUCGAUCACAUGUUCGAAUACAUACCACCUAGUGUUUCAAAUGUUCAUGCUCCCACAGCUUGCAUCUCUUGCUAAGCCACACAGUAGAAAGCCUUCGCAUCUUAGCUGGAACUCGGAUGACGCGGAAAGAGCAAUAGAGUCUCAGCCUCGAACGUCAUCUAUAAAUAUUUCCGUAGUACAAAUUUCGUACAGACUAAUAAAAGAGUAUUAAUAAAAUAGUA